GCUGGCGUCCCGGGAGGCGGCGGGCGGCGACAGCCCGGGCGCGGACGCCCUCGGCGCGGGCUGGGGCAUCACCAAGGGCCUCGACCCCGAAAUGGCGCUGCUGGCCGAGCACCUGCUCAAGCCGCUGCCCGCAGACCGGCAGAUCGAGACCGGGCCCUUCCUGGAGGCGGUGGCUCACCUGCCGCCCUUCUUUGAUUGCCUCGGGUCCCCGGUAUUCACACCCAUCAAGGCGGACAUAAGCGGUAACAUCACCAAAAUCAAAGCCGUAUAUGACACCGACCCAGCCAAGUUCAAGACCCUGCAGAACAUCCUGGAGGUGGAGAAGGGGAUGUAUGGGGCGGAGUGGCCCAAAGUGGGGGCCACUCUGGCACUGCUGUGGCUGAAAAGGGGCCUGCGCUUCAUCCAGGUGUUCCUGCAGAGCAUCUGCGAUGGGGAACGGGACGAGAACCACCCCAACCUCAUCCGAGUCAACGCCAACAAGGCCUAUGAGAUGGCCCUGAAGAAGUACCAUGGCUGGCUGGUGCAGAAGAUCUUCAAGGCCGCCCUGUAUGCAGCACCUUACAAGUCCGACUUCCUCAAGGCACUCUCCAAGGGGCAGAACGUGACGGAGGAGGAGUGCCUGGAGAAGAUCCGCCUCUUCCUGGUCAACUACACGGCCACCAUCGACGCCAUCUACGACAUGUACACCAAGAUGAAUGCGGAGCUUGACUACACAGUGUAGGCGGCCGGACACACAGCCCCAUGCGGGCACCAGCAACCCCAUCACUGUGAAUCAAGCUGGAAUCCCCCAGCUCAGCCAGCCCAGCCCGGCCAGCCAGGGUCUGCAGGGGGCAGCCUUAGCUUGUUAGAGGUCUUUUGUUUUCUUGGUUUUUUUGUUGUCUUGGCCUAUUCUAAUGGAGCAAUAAACACCUUCCAUUCA